AUGGCGGGCCCUACCGUGCAUCUCGUGGAGGAGAUGCUUGUCGCACUGUAUAUUGGCGGGCUGAUACUCUUCUGCCUGUAUGGCAUGGCAAUGGGACAGGCGGCGUUUUACUAUGUGAGUUACCCUGAUGAUCGACGUAGCUUCAAAGUAUUUGUAGCCACCCUGUUCAUCCUGAAUACCGUCGAGUUUGUUGCCGCAGCUCGCUUGCUCUAUCAGUGUAUCAUCGAGGACCAUUCAACCUACGCAACAGUUACUCAACCAGUCUCAGAUACAGCUGUCAACGUCUCUGGAUGGACCGUAGUUUUCAUGUCUCAAUGCUUCUAUUUGCAUUCAUUACAUUCCCUUCUCCAGCCUCAACGGAAAGCUGUCCGUUUGAUGGUGGUUAUAACCGGUGUCGUUCCCGUGGUACUCGGAUUCUCCAGUUUCGUCGUUGGAGUCGUGCAAUAA